AUGGCUGGCGGCGCCACACCCCUGAGCACGCCGAACCUGCCGGAUGUCACCGGUGGCAGCGGCAGCUCUGGAGCCGUGCCGCCCCUCGACAACCAGUGGAUCGAGACGCGCAGCAAGAAGGCGGCAUUGAAACUUGAGAAGCUCGACACCGAUCUCAAGAACUACAAGAGCAACUCGAUCAAGGAGAGCAUCAGACGUGGACACGACGACUUGGGUGACCACUACCUCGACUGCGGAGACCUCAACAACGCGCUGAAGUGCUUCUCACGGGCGCGCGACUACUGCACCAGCAGUCGGCACGUCGUCAACAUGUGCCUCAAUGUGAUAAAGGUCAGCAUCUACCUGCAGAACUGGUCCCACGUGCUUACUUACGUCAACAAGGCCGAGGCGACGCCAGAAUUUGCCGAGGUACGUUUUGGCCAUGCCAAGGACACCCACCAGAGCACGGUGACUAAGCUGCGGUGCGCGGCCGGUCUGGCCGAGCUGGCCACCAAGAAGUACAAGUCGGCCGCCAAGAACUUCCUCCAGGCCAGCUUCGACCACUGCGAUUUCCCGGACAUGCUGUCCCCGAACAACGUCGCCAUGUACGGCGGACUCUGUGCCCUGGCGUCGUUUGAUCGCCAGGAACUCCUGCGAAAUGUCAUCUCUAGCAGAUCAUAUCCAGGAGUAAGCUGUAAGGUUGACUUGCCAAUCGAAGACUACGGCUCAGAUCCGGGUCGUCACAUCCAGGUCAGCGACAGCGCCCUCAGUGAGUUGGUGGUGCUCAAGCAGUUGCACGGUGCGCGAAACGUGUCGACAUUCAAAAGGAUGCUCUGCGCCAAGCUGACUGUGAGAACGGUGACCUGA